UCCUCCCUUCCCGCUCCGGCUCGCAGCUCGGCUCGCACCCGUCGCUUCCUUUCUUCCAACGAUGUUUUCCUGCUCCACGGGGCGAAGUGUUUGCUGAACUUUCCAAACAGUUUGGGGGGCGGGCGGGAGGAUCCUGAGGCUUUUUUCCUUUUUCUCCCCGCCCGGAGCAGGUUGGGGGGCAGCGACCGGAGGAGGGAUCCGCGCCCCGGGCGCAGGUCGCGCACACACACGGAGAGGAAACCUUUGCACGGCGAGUCCGCGAAGCUCGCCGGCUGCAGGGGCUCCCGCCGUGGAAAUGGCUCGGAUCAGAUGGGGGUUCCUUCUCCUGCCCCUGGCUGCCUGUGCAUUUUUGUCACCAGCGCUCGCAGCCUCCGAAAAGGGCAGGCUAAGGAGGAUCACGUACGUCCUGCAGCCCGGCCGGGGGGGCUCCUCUGGCAGCCGGCAGCAGCGCCCGACCCUCCUCGGGGGGGAGCAGCAGCAGCAGCAGCGCACGUUCAAUGUGCAGCUGAACACGCGCUACGGCGCCGGCGGUUCCCUGGAGCGGACCCGGCGGAUGAGCAAACCGGGCGGCGCGGCCGUCCAGCUCCGCGUGGGCCCCGCCGGGCAGGUCCACCCCAACUCCGCCGCUCACGCCUCCUCCUUCGCCAAGCCGGCCCGCUUCGGCCCGCGGCCCAAGGCGCCGCCGGGCCCCCACGGCAACAGCAGCGCCGCCCUGCCCCUCCGCCAGAAGCACCAGCUGCCGCCGCUGCCGGGGGUCAAUGUGUGCGGGGGGCAGUGCUGCCAUGGCUGGAGCAAGGCCACGGGCUCCCAGAGGUGCAUCAAACCUAACUGUGCACCACCAUGCCAAAAUGGAGGGAUGUGCCUGCGACCUCAGCUUUGUGUGUGUAAACCAGGAACAAAAGGUAAUUCCUGUGAGGAUACAGUCGUGCAAGACACAUCUUCCACUGGAGGCCGGAGCCCUGUUGUUCCCCCAUGGCCCAUACCCCAGCAGGCUGCCCAGCAGACCUUCUCUCAGAAGGUGCAGGUCCCACCAAAGGUUGGCCCUAUGACUCAGAUGGCAUUCACCAUCAAGCAGAAGCCUCCUGUUGGGUUACCUCAGCAAAUGCAACCACAGAUGAUUUCGUCUCAGACACUGAUGAUGAAUCUCCAUCAUGGCCAAACACAGGAAUAUGUGAUUAAACCCAAAUAUUAUCCAGUAAAAAAAGUGAUUUCAGGAGAACAGUCCACUGAGGGCUCAUUACCACUGAGACUGGGCCAGGAUCAACCUGCAUCACCUUUUCGAUUGGGAAAUCACACUGGUCGGAUCAAGGUGGUCUUUACACCCAGCAUCUGUAAAGUAACUUGCACCAAAGGCAACUGUCAGAACAACUGUGAGAAGGGAAAUACAACCACCCUCAUCAGUGAAAACGGCCAUGCUGCUGACACUCUGACAGCCACUAACUUCCGAGUAGUGAUUUGCCAUCUUCCAUGCAUGAAUGGAGGCCAGUGUAGUUCUAGAGAUAAAUGCCAGUGCCCUCCUAAUUACACUGGUAAACUUUGUCAGAUCCCUGUGCAGACUGCCAGUUCUCCGAAACACUACCAUAACCCCCAACAGGUGAACAAGGCUGUAGGAUCACAAGUUAUCCAUUCUACUCAUACUUUACCACUGACGAUGUCUGGACAACAAGGUGUAAAAGUGAAGUUCCCUCCUAACAUAGUGAAUAUCCAUGUGAAACAUCCCCCUGAAGCCUCAGUUCAGAUCCAUCAAGUUUCAAGAAUUGACAGCACAUCAACAGGACAAAAAGCGAAAGUACCUCAGCCAGUACAUCCACAGGUCUCUUACCAAGGUCUUCCAUAUCAGAAGACCCAGAAAGGACAUACAACUUACACAAAUCAACAACCCAUUCCUCAUAUGUUUCCUGUUUCAGUUAAAACUCAACUUGGGCGCUGCUUUCAGGAGACUGUUGGGACACAGUGUGGCAAAGCGCUUCCUGGCCUUUCCAAACAAGAAGACUGCUGUGGAACCGUGGGUACUUCCUGGGGUUUUAACAAAUGCCAGAAAUGUCCAAAGAAGCCAUCUUACCAUGGAUACAAUCCUAUGAUGGAAUGCCCUCAAGGCUACAAGAGGAUCAAUGCUACAUUUUGUCAAGGUAUGAUAGUGCCCACAAUUGAUUGUGUUUGUGUACUUGUUUUCUGUGACAGAUUCUUUGAUAUUUAUGACUUAGAUGAAUGA